ACCCCAACACUAGCCUUUCAAAUUUUCUCUCCCUUUUGUUCUAAGAUAGAAAGAUGCAUAACAUGGAAGAGCUUGAUUCUGUGUUCAUUUUCCACGAGAGAGAACACGAGUUGAUGCAGAAGCUUGUGGAUGCGACACUUGAACUUGAAACCAUGAAAAAUGUCAAGACAGAAUUGUUUAAUAUGUUGAAGAUGGCUUACCAAGAGAGGGAUGAAGCAAGGUGUGAGCUACAGAAACUAACGAACAAGGUUGUGCCCUCUAGUCCAAACCAUUUGCAAAGGGUUUUUGAUACACAAAACCUUCUUAUGUUCCCUUCUGCUAAAGCAAACUCAAGCAUAACAGAAUCUGAUAGAGAUAGUCUUUCACAUGGCUCUCCACAAGUAGAUUCCUUUUUUGACACUCUUUCUUCACCAGAGUUUACAAAAAUCAAUGCAGUUGACAUCAAUAACAACAUGGGUGGAGGUUAUCUCAAUCAGCAUUUGGUUCAAGACUUCAAUUUCUCAGAUUUUCAUGCUUUUAUGGCCUCUUCAGAAAAGCCAACUUCGGAUCCUGCCACUGCAAUCAUAGAUUCUCUUGCCAAAGAUAGAGCGUUGCCCCAAAAGGGUAAACUCCUUCAGGCUGUGAUAGAUGCUGGUCCAUUACUCCAAACAGUUAUCCUAGCAGGGCCACUUCCUACAUGGAGAAACCCCCCUCCUUUGCAAGACAUCAAAGUUCCACCUUUAACUAUCAAAAAGUAUGAUGCUACUGCCAUUAAGCCUAAUUCCUUUACAGAUGUAAAACCAAAGCUUCCAUCCUUACUCUCUUCAAAUGCUCCCUCUACAUGUUCAGUUUCUAUGCUUAACUUUGCUGCUCAAAACCCUGGAUCAUUCAACAAUGCAUGGCAAUUGAACUCAACUUCUGGUGUCAGGAUCGAAGUCCCAUCAUCAAGGAAGAGGCAAAGGCAUCAAUGAUUUCAUGAAAUUUCAAUCCUCUAGUCCCUUUCUUCAUAUCUGUAUAUGAGUUAUAGCAAAUGGUGUAAAUGGCAUACCCUCCUUUUGAUUGAAGCAAGCGGCAUAGAUAGCCUUUUGGUUUUUAGUAAGAUAUGUUAGGAGUUCUUCACUUAAAAGUUUUGGAAAUUUUGAACUUUUCAUAUUAUGAAUCUAAUUUACAUCCCUGCGAUGUAUAAAUUUUUCAUUGCCAAUAAUUAUCAAAUAUUAGUAAUUU